AUGUCCGGAUCCGGGUGGGCCGGGUCGUCGAGCUGGAAUGAUGGCACAUGGUGGCACUGGGAUGAUGAUGAGGAGGAGGAGACGGGACAGGGAAAGUCCGGUUCCCAAGGUGGUGGAAAGGGGACCACACAGAUGAAAGGACGGCAGGGAGGGAUGGCUCUGCGGGCCAGGUUUGAGGAUGGAACACAGGAGAGGACACGCUCCCAGGCUGAUCGUGAGGCGAUCAGGGCUCCACUGAAGAAAGAGAUCAAGGAGCUCAAAGCACAGCUGGCGACGGUUCAGAGUGAAGCGGACCACACGGCCCGCGAGCUGGGCAUGAACGCCGACUUGAAGCACAGGGCCGAGAUGGCUGAGGCCACUAGUUUGUGUUGGCGUUUUGCAAGUGAAACUUGUGUCCAAUGCCUUGUUUCUUUCCAGGGCCGAGUGCGCAAAGUGAAUCUGGACCUCAUCACUGCCAAGUCCACAGAGGAGGCCUUUACUGCCCGGUUUCCACACAGUUUGAAGCUGAUUCAGUUUGUGGUUUCUUGCCAGGUCCACUUGAAGUCGAACGACGACCUUAAGAAGCAGCUUCAGGCAUGGUAG